CAUCGAGCAGCGGUAGAAUAGUUAUUUUAUCGAGUAUACGUUGGUAAACGUGGUGGCUCGCGGAGAGCUGUCACUGGCUGGGUCAGUUGGCAACAGACCUUCGAGGUGGUCGUAAGUGCUUGUGCUGCUUGAAUCCUGCAUCCGUCAAACCUCUCUUGUGGAGUUUGCACGCAAAGGACAAUCGAAAGGGUUCUCGCGUGUACCGUGACACAGGAGCUACAACUGCGAGGGACGAAUUCGCGAGUGCGUCGAUAGUUUGGGAAAACCAUGGAGCUCGUCAGGAUCAUUUGACCCAAGGGAACGACUCCAGGCUCGGUGGAUCGUGCUACCUCGCGUGAUACUACAAAUCGGUAUGCACUGCCUAGGUGCGGUGACAGGAGGCAUUCCCAGCCCAAAUGGGGUUGGCGGUCGGGGUGGCAUUCUUAGCGUGUUCCGAGCCCUUGGAGUCCUUGUGUGCGAAGGGAGGAUUCAGGGCCCUCCACGUGGAUACAAAGAGGGCCCACAUUGCGCAGCGCCUAUGCAGACGGUGCCAAACGACCACGUGUGCGAAGAAGAUAAUUACUUGUGUGAUCGGUAUCUUGUGCUCGUUCGAGAGAUCGCGGACCGUAUUGCAAUUGGUACGUUCCUGUGCAUCGAGGUAGUGUUGUGCAGCGACUGUCCAUGCGGUUUGGCCAAAUCUGCGAACAAGAAUCCGAUCUGCACCGUGCCGUCCUUAUCAAUCUCACCAUGGCAACAAGCGUCGGAGAUGCUGCUGGAGUAUUGGUGCGUUUGCGUCGUUCCCAGCAAGAGUCCAGAGACCAUGAAUUACUACGGACUAUAUCAGGCAGUUCGUUCGCGGCUUCACUUCAGCCAGGUUGCUGCUUGGUGGUCCAGGAGCAACGGCACCGAUCCUAGCUACAUCGUGACGAGAGUAGUGCCCCAUAACGAGGAAAAUCUGAGAAAGUUCCGGGAAUCCCCUGUGGAGCAUACGUUUCCCUUGGCUGGUAACGGCGAUGGAAAUUCCAUAAAAGUCACCGUGUGGGCACUGCCGAGGAUGGAGGAGGUGCCGAUUCUCACCUGCCCAUUGCACCCGAUCAAAGAGAAAGACGACGAGGGUGUCGCAAGGGCUUUGACACCCACCAAGGCUAUCCCGGUUCCCAGUGCUGCGCAAAAUCCUGAAGGCCUCGUUUUGCCUGCUUUGGUAGACGACAGACUGCAAACGCCUUGCAACAAGCCCGGAAAACAUCACUGUCCCUGCGAGGAGGAGGACGUUGCACCACCAUCGCCAGCAAUACCGCGACAGAAUCGCGAGAGAAAGCGUCGUCGGUCGCUUCCUUGUGGACCUACAGAGGCAAACACCUGUGUGACAGUUCAAUCGAUACCUCUGCCUGCGGUACAGGAAGCUGUAACGCAAAAAUCGAAGGGCACCCAGAGUUCGAGCUACCCGAAAUGUUCCUCCGAGAUAACGAACAAUCGUGGCGUCAAGUCUGUGCAAAGCCAGAAUUGCAAGUUCGAGGAGAAUACCAUCAAGAACCGAAAGAAUCUGAAUUCCGAUAAUUUAGAACGUUGCUUCAAGGCGCAGCUGAACAUCGAGGAACGAGAAGGUAAUUUAGAGAAGCGGUACAAACGAACGAUCGAAGAUUCUGAACCGAAGGUGCUGUCGAAUUGCAAAGAAAAGCAGUGCAAUUUAGGUAAGAAGCAAAAGGAAACGGAAAUAAAAUCUGCGGAAAAAAAUGGGCUAUUUGAGAAUCUGAUACCAUUCAAUUCUUCGUUGCCAUGGGUUUUUGUUGAGUCUUGGAAUAAUAGUAGUGCAAAUGGAAAGUGUGCUUUUCAGAGCCUUCGCGGAAACAAAGAUGGUUAUUUCAACGACUCUGAGAGAACCUGCAAACCGCCGGUCAGCAAGGAUUCGAGUCUUGUGAUCAAUCCCUUUAGACAACCCAGUCCUUUCCACGAAUCAAAUCCAGGUCCUUCGACGAAUAAUCGGUUGAAGCAGGAUUCUUCAAACUCCACCUGUAUGGUACAUCAAAGCUGCGUCAAAUCGUCCAACAAGCUGUCGAAUACUGACGCGGUAUCGCCUGGACAGGAAGCUCUGGAGUCGGAGUUGGACAGGGGUACCAACAAUAAAGGGAGAUCUGGAAAGGAUCUAAGUCACUUGAUAUCGAAGUUGUCCUUUCCCGACGAUAAAGAUAGAUCAAAGGAGGAAGGAGGCAUUUUGGAUUGGUUCAGCAAGGUCCCUGGCCGAGUUCUCGGGGUUACGCCAAACAACGGUUACGUGGAAAAUAAGGUGAAAGCUACGAAUAUGAAGAGUCAGGAGCAACAACAUGGGAACGAAGUGAGAUUUAAAAAUUGCAACUUGGAGCUAAGCCAGCAGGAAGUCGACGAGGUCUUGGCCGUUUUGAGGGCCAGGACACCGUCUGAACGCAAAAGGACAAGCGUGAGGACGAUGAAGAGACGAGAGAGGUUGGAUAAGGCGAUCGAAGAUGGAACAGACAAGUCGGUAGGCAAGUACGGGAAUUUGGAGAGCAACGAGUGCUCGACAAAUAACAUGGUGAAUCGCACGAGGUCCUGCGAAGGUUGUAAUCACAAGUUGUGUAGGAAAAAUGACCAACAAGCUUUAGAGAAAACCAAUUACGGUGAAAUCUAUGGCAAUAAGAACAUUUAUAAUCCUCAGAAACGCGAGAAACUCGAUAGCAAUGGAUCGAACGAAGAUUUACAGGCGAUGAAACGCAAUAACUCCGAGAAACGGACGAACGACACCGUGGACUGUUUGCAAAACGUCUCGAACAAAGCAGACAUACUAUUGGGAGCAAUUUUACGAACUAGCAAAGACCGAGGGAACCAAUCGGAAAUUUCCAAUGGGACCAAAUCGAGGUCCGUGUUGCCAACGAUCGCCAACGAAACGGAAAGCAAGGCCUGCGAGAAACUAUAUCAGGAACAGAAAACUGUGCCAUUGGAGGACGAGAAGUCUCUGCCUAUGGCGUUCAACAAGAGAUUUAAUCGGUUCCGACAGCUUUUCAAAAAGGAGCAAGAGAAGAAGAUAAGUUUGGCGUCAGAGGAUAAUUCGCAGGACGUGAUCCAACAGACAGGUCAACGUUCGUACUCGUACAACAACGUCCAGCCCAGCCUGCACGAUCCAAAGAACUUCAGGGAUAGCAAAGCCAAGAGAAGAAUAGACUUCUCGAACUUUGCCGAAGAAACGGAGAAGCGUGACGCGUGCCCCGAUCCUUUAGAGCUUAGUACAAAUGGCGCACAUCAAAACUCACGAAUCUAUAGUACAAAUUACAAGGAGGAUAGCUGCGACUACGACGAAGUCGAGACGUCCAAGUGGCAAAACAGACUGCAUAGUACAAACGGAGAAGAUAGCGUAACCGAGCACGAAGAGGAGGAAGAUGAUACUGUAUCGAAGCUUUGCAAAGAUUCUGUUUCGAACGUCGGGAAGAAGAUUCGAAACCACGGUCUCGGCAAGGACAACGCUGUUACAGAGGAAGACGAAACAGUGGACAAAGCGGUACCAACCGCGAUCGAGCAAGAAAGAUUUCGGCGGUCUUUGGAGAACGCAGCUUCGAUGGUGUUCCACAGUAGAACUGGCCUGCCCUUAACAUCCAGUCCAGCCCCGUUGAGAAGAGGCAGCUGUUGCUUCGAUUACGAUAGCAGUUUGAAUUCCGUCUCCUCGAAAAGAAGUGCUCUGUUUGAACUGAACACUCCGCCAAGUCCAGGUGCAGUGUCCUUAGAGGAAACUGACAGGGAGACCGAGAAUGCCGGCGAAGGAGAGGAGACACCAAAAAGACGCUCGACUUCUCGCAGCAGACCUCAGAGUCAUGCCCUUCUAGGCAGCUUCGAGGAAUCGGCUUUAAACGGUAGACUCGAGCCCGUGUCCACCGUUCAUGGUUUCACGGCUGAGUUGGGUGCCAGCGGUUCGUUCUGUCCGAAACAUCGAAAGCUUCCAGUCACUGUGUUCUUCUAUACGCUCGGUGACAAUGAUAAAGUUUCUACGCCCUAUCUCGCACAUAUUAAUUUGGGCAAAAAGGGCUACCAAGUACCAAGAAGCGGUACUAUUCAAGUAACGCUUCUCAAUCCUUUGGGUACUGUCGUUAAGAUGUUCGUAGUACUAUACGAUCUUUCUGAUAUGCCACCACGAUCUCAUACUUUUUUACGUCAGAGAACACUGCGGGACAAAACACUACGCUACCUCGUACAUCUUAGAUUUAUGUCCGGUAAGUCUGGCCGGAUUUAUUUGCAUACGGACAUUCGUAUGAUCAUUUGUCGCAAGUCCGACGUUGACACUGCGUCGGAUUUCGGGUCAGAGCCACCAAAGGAACUACGAAGCUACAUUCAUGGCCCUACCAACCCGAAAUUUUCGCCAAGGUGCUGAGCCACGUGGCUCUUUCCAUGGGGUUGCUGUCAGUCACUCCGCUCGCCUAGUCCCCUUCACGCAGAGGUUUAACCAGAGACCAGUUUUUUGAGAAUUCCAGAUAGAUUUUCAGGGACGAUGUAUCAUUUUUUAAGGAACAGUGUGGCCAUUAAUCGUUAGAAUUAACGACAUUCUUUGGGAUUCGACAUUACAAGAAAAAAAAAAAAAGAAAAGAAAAAGGAAAAAAAACACAAAAAAAUAUAAUGUAAUUCAGAGAAGAAGAGAAAGACAAAAUCUCUCGAGGCGCCACUUCCAAGAAAGACUUCUGGGUCUUCGAUAAAGGAACCUUUCUCCGUUGAGGAAUGAUCGCGAAUGGAAUUCGAUGAUAAAACCUUUGUAGAAAUGGUCUUCACGAGGGGAGGAAAGAAGGUUGUAAAAAGAAAUGGUUGAGCCGAAAACGAUUUUUGUAGUACAGUAAGACCAUUUUUCGCAAAAAAAAGAACAUAUAUUGGAAAUCCUUAUCGAGGUAAUCAUAUUUUGAGAUGAUUUUCGCAAUGAAAAUGACAUGGGAAUUUAAGUGUUUGGAAGGUGGAAAUUUUUGGGAGGAAGUUUCAGGAGAAAAGAUUGUUUUUCUUGGACGAAAUAUUUCAGAUGAGUAAGGAGAAAGGCAUACUAAGGGGAAUAUUGUAAGCCGCUUCAGUAAGAAACAUUCUUAUUGUUUAUCUCCAAUUUAUUUUCUUUCUUCUCGAUUUAUCGGUAAUGUUAUUUUUAACGCGAAAACAACGCGUGCAUUAAACGUUAGCUUGCGAAGGUUUCUUUGAUUUUAGUUUCGUUGUUUGGAUCGAAAUUUUUAGUUUUGUCCGAAGUUUGUAGUUCUACGAUGAAUUCGAUUCGUACGCACGAGAAGCGUCUUUGGAUUUCUGGCGAAGAUUGUCGCUUUGAAUUUUUGUCUUUCAUAUUAGUUGCGAAUGAACGUUCGUUCUAAUCACGUUCUUUCUAAUGGAAACGAACAUAGUUUCUAGCUACGCGAGUUCGUCGAUUUAAUUAGAAGCUAGACGAUCUCCUUGGAAGGCCAUCUCCUCAAUUUAUUGUUGUAAAUAUAAGUCAUAUGUAAAGUCGAAUAAGAAUUUUUUAAACGGGAUGAUACUGUCAUGUGUGUGUAGCACUCUACGUUUAAAAGGAAAAAGAAAAAAAAAAAGAAAAAAUGGAAGAUGAAAUAAGUGAUACGAGCAUAGAAAAUAUCAAGAAUCGGGUCUCUCGUUGACAUUAAUGGAAUCCUCAAACUAUUGUACAAAAGAUGAACAGAGAAAUAUGUGAUCUAGAAAAUCGUUUAAAGUGUAAUUUAAAUAGAUGCCAUUUAUCGAUUCGUUGAUAUUUUCAGAAGAAAAUUGAAAGACGGUUGAAAUCGUCGUUUAUUUUAUUAAAAAAAAAAAAGCAAGAAAGAAAAAGAAAGAGAAAGUGAGAUAGAGGGAGCGAGAUAAAGGAAAAUCUAAGAACACGCUUUCGUGUGAAGUAUGUAAUGUAGCUUGCGAUCAACGAGUGGCUGGAUUACGCGACUUUUCCUGCUCGAAGAAAAAGAAUCAUUAUUUACACGUAUAAACAGAACACAAUUUUGUGUCCGUAGCACUGUGAUGAAUAUUUUGAUAGACUAUAAAGAAUAAUUAUUAUAAAGUAUCUAUUUGAGUAGUGCAUAUGUCCUAGAUUAAUUAAUAAUUGUACUAAUGUCGUACGAGGAAUGUAACCGAGCGUAAUUACUAACCGUAAAAAAAUUACACAUACCUUUCGCAAUCACAAGGCGCUCAUUAUUGUCUCCGUAUUAAAUGACAGUUCGUUUCCCUUAUUUUUCUACGUGCACGAGAAAAGAACAUCGAGGAAAAGAAAAAUAAUUUAGAACGGAACUAUCCGCAUUCGCACGAAGGCUAUACGAAUUUCACCUGAAGGAUCGCUAGAUCGUUUCAUCGCAGAAUUCUUGUAAUUCGAUAAUUGUUAAGACUCGUCAGUGUCACAAGCAAUUUCCGUGGGAUUAAACAACGGUCACAUCCUUUCAGACUUGUUCUCGACCAAAUUUCAUAUUCGGAUAGAAGUUGUCAAUUCAGGUGAACUUCCGAGGACUUGUUGCGUUCGCUUUUGAUGAAAUCACCAUCGGAUUAGUUUGACAAGGUGGAGAGAUGCGUAGACGUAAUAAACAGGCGCAUUUUGUGAUUUGUCAGAGAAAUUUGUCUUUCUAACGUUGACAAAGCAUGGCAAGUACGUUCUAUAAGUAGGCCGACAAGUAUGUACGUUUACGUUGAUCCUCGCCGAAUAACAUUUCGCUUGAUUCGUACGAAGUAUAGUUGAAAUCAGUCGGAACAUUAAAUUUCAAUGGUCGACGCAGGAAGGUUUGCGAACCGAGGAGUAGGAGGUUCUUUAUAGACUCGAAUCAAGCAGUUUUAAAGUCGCAAAAUUUUUGGUAGCACGUGUAUUGUACGGCAAGGAAAUAUAGAGUGUGUAAUCACUGCCAUGCUGUAUAUACAUUGUAGCAUAGAUGAAUCGUUGAAAAACACUUUAAGGAAGUUUUAGCAAUAGUUGUUUGCCUGAUCGAGAGAUCCCAUUUGACCAGGUGCAGGAGAACGAAAGCGGAAUCCGUCGAAAAACUUCUGAAUCAUGCGUAAACUCGUUUUGUUCUCUAUUAUUUUUCCUCGCGAAAUUAUUACCACCGUCUACGCGACGAACGUGUCAAAAUUUUGUGAAGAAUCUUCAACACCUUUUACCGAUUGAUUGCGAAUGGAUAUUUUUCGACUGGAUCUCGCUCGUGGAAGGAUCAGUAGGACGAAGUGUACAUUCUUCGUCGUGAAUUCUAAUGGAAUAUUUUCCCAGAUCACUGAAAAGUCGCUUGAUAGCUUUAAAAGGAAAUCUCCACGAUGCGUGUAAUUAAUUUUCAUACGACAGAAAUCGAACGAAGAUACGUGCAAUUCAUUAGUGUACCUUUUUGGAAAUUCGUGCAGACACGAGAAUACGAGAUUGUAUUUUUUGGAAUCUACAAUCGAGAGACAACUUGUACACAAACUUGUAGGACACGCACUAAGAACUUUAUUAUUGUGAUAAACUUUUAUCGGAAUAUCGGUCCGUAAAUUACUUCAAAGUCGAACGCAUUCUCUUGUCGCUGAAAAAGGGGAACGAGUUAAGUCGACGGUGCCAAACAUGAGAACAAAAGUAAACGAGAGAGAAGGGCUUUUGAACGCGCUCAACGACGCAAACGUUUCGAAUCCGUUCCACAAUAGCUUCGAUCACUAAUUCCAGCUAAUCGAUUUUAUUUCUCGCUUGUAAAUCGUUUAUCUUAGAACUCUAUCCGUAAUUUAUUUCCAGUUCUUCCCGAUCUUUCUGUUCGACGUGUUUUAAUUUUUGUUUUUACUCGAUUGCGACCAUAAAGCGUUUUUUAUUCGUGACAAUUUAUCUUUUCCUUUAUCGUUACGCUGUUGCUGGUUUAAAAGGUUUAAUAAUCAAACGUUGAACCGGUUAAAACCCGAUUUGUAAAUUAUCAUCGAUUGUACGGUUCCUCGAAGAUUGGAAAAGAAUGGGCGCCGACCGAUCAAUGAUAAUUGCGAGCGAGCUUUACUUGUCAAUGCUAAUUUGUAGAACGUUCUGUUGAGUCACCUGAAUACAUUGAUGGAUGCCAGACAUGUACAUAGGGUAGCGUUAUUUUAUAAAUGAAAAUUAUUGUUAUUAAUAAGAUGUACUUUUUAUUAUUUUUAGCGAGAGAAGCGUGCGGUAAGAGAGAAACAUUUGUCGAGAGCGAACUCACACUUAUGGUACGCAUGGCCAAACGUAAUAAAACUACAGCAAUGCAUUACAACAUCUGUUCUGUGUGUUUACUCGUUAAUCUAGUCGAUACUGUCGAAACCUUGCGCUUCAUCCGUCUCAAACCGAAUCAAAUUCUUCGGGUCCGUUCAUGCAUAGCUAAUUGACAUUUAAAAGCAAUCCCGAUGAACUGUAAAAGAAAACAGGCAAUUUUUUAUCUCGUAAUAUGUUUAUUUACAAUGUUUUACAAGUGUUCACUCGCGUUUAACCACACGAAUAUCUCUACAGUCUGUUAAUACAGCUAGAGUCUGUCAUCUAGACAGACAUACUUUCAAGUGCGCUAAAAACGUAAAAUUAUAUACACGGGAGAACGUGUAGAGCACACUCUCAACUAUACCGUGAAACUUUUUCACGGGUCGAAUUUUAUGUAAAAUCAUUUGCAGAAGUGACAUUGCUUCCUCUCGAUAUCAGAGACGAUUCAUGCAAUUUUACGUUACGGUGCAUCGCCUUUCAGGAACAGAUUGCGACCCUUUAGAUUCGUUCUCUUUGUGAUAUAGGCAAUCUCGUUUAACGUUGGAAAUGAUGGUAAAUUAUAGAAAAUCGUAGAAAACGUGCAGGAUACGUACGUAAAUUAUGCAAUCUCUUUAUUAUAACCCUAACGGAGUAAAGACUCAAAAAUUGUUCAGUACUCUAAGGUACGCGGGUUGUGCCUGUUUCUUUGUGAAAACUAAAUGUCAUCGUGCUCUACUCGUAACAAAUACAUAAAAAUUUUAUUACGUAAUUUUGAAUAAAGUAUACAAGAGUGACGUCCGUUUCGUAUUUAAAAAAAAAAAAAAGAACGCAAAGAUAAGAGAAGAAAAGAGAUACAUGAACGCGACGAUGUUGCAUCAUCUUGAUUUUCUUCGAGUUCCUUCUGGCUGAAUUUGACACGUUGAUUGGGAGAAAAUGCACGUGAAAUAUCUUAGAAUAUAAACGGGAUAAGUACGAAAAUCGUGGUCUUCGGGAAGAACGAAAUUUAUCGUGUACAAAACUUUGUUUUCGCUUAGCCUUAUAAAAAUUCAUUGAAAAGUUGGGGCACCUGAAGUGUCCUGUAAGAAAUCUUUUGCUUGUUCACGGUAUACAAAAUACUUUCCCGGGGAUGAAGUAAAUAUCAAUAUCGUUAUUCUUUCUUCAGCCAGUCCCUCCUGACUCGCAUGUCAUUUUGUCUAGCUCACGCGCCUAAGUAAUCAUUAAAUUAUCAAUAUUUUCUUCUUUCCAUUCCUCUUCUUUUUCUUUGCACAGUUAAAGUUGGCAAACGCGCACAGCGUUGCAUAUCAAUAGGUUAAAAAUUUGUCUAGCUAUAUUU